GACGACUGGUAAGUGGCCGUGCAACACGGCUACCAUAAUGUACUACAUAUUAUAUACAAAUUACAGUUCAUAACCUACAAAUUCUUUCACUCUGCAGCAUAAGCAAAGCGAUCGGAUUCAUUUUUACACUCGUGUCUUUUGUGUUUGUCCGCCGUCAACACACAGCCAUGUCUUCGAAAGUGUCUAAGGAUACUCUGUACGAGUGCGUCAACGAGGUCUUGAGUCAUGCUAAGUCCCACAAAAAGAAUUUUCUCCAGACGGUCGAACUACAAAUCGGUUUGAAGAACUACGACCCGCAAAAGGACAAACGUUUCUCAGGCACGAUUAAGCUAAAACACAUCCCGAGGCCCAAGAUGAAGGUUUGCAUUCUUGGUGAUCAACAGCAUUGUGACGAAGCCGAGGUAAACAAGGUACCGUUUAUGGACGUUGAAGCGCUUAAAAAGCUCAACAAGAACAAGAAGUUGGUUAAGAAAUUGGCCAAGAGGUACGACGCAUUUUUGGCUAGUGAUGCUCUCAUCAAACAGAUCCCUCGUUUGUUGGGACCUGGUUUAAACAAGGCGGGUAAAUUCCCUGGUUUAUUGUCUCAUCAAGAGUCCAUGAACAUGAAAAUUGACGAGGUGAAAGCCACCAUCAAAUUCCAAAUGAAGAAGGUAUUGUGUUUAUGUGUUGCUGUUGGACACGUCGAUAUGAAAUCUGAAGAAUUAGCUCAGAACAUCCAUCUUUCAAUUAACUUUUUAGUUUCAUUGUUGAAAAAGCAUUGGCAAAAUGUCAGGUCGCUGCAUAUUAAGUCAACCAUGGGUCCACCUCAACGUUUGUACUAAUAUGUAUUGAAAUGUUUGAUAUUUUGAAUAAAGACCACAUUGUUAUCAAUGUA